CUCGUCAUUCACAUUCGUCUAUUGUGGUAGACGGAAAGGUUUAUUACUUUGGCGGAAUCACACCUACUACAGUGGGAUCACAAAUCUUGAGUAAUGAAAUGUUUUAUUUCGACAUUACAAAGGAGUUUGACACAUCAUCCAUUUUAUGGAUGGAUCAAACCGGCACUAGUCCAAUGUCAGUUCAAAGCGAAGGCGCAACAACGGUUGUCGAUGGUAAAGAUAAUAAUACCAUUUUUUUGGUCGGAGGUACAAUGUUUCAUCCCAAAACAAAUACUUUAGAAAUGAAUGCAUUGGUUUACACUUUUAAUAUUAAAAAUCAAAUAUGGAGUAAAGUGGAAGUUUUAGGAGAAACGCCACCGGGAAGGAAACAAGCUAAAGGAGUUAUUGAUUCCAGUGGGAAGAUUUACUUAUUCCGUGGUAUCAAUGCCAAUUAUGUGUCAGGUGGUGUCAUUGGAUAUCUUGGCGGAAUGGAAAUUUUUGAUACUAGAAGUUUAUCAUGGUCCACUGUGCCCUCUGAUAACACUGAAUGGAGAGGUCAAUAUUCUGCUACCAUUCUAGAAAAUGGAAACAUCAUUUAUAUAGGGGGACAGACCAUGACAAUGGCGGAUGUGGAUAUAAGCAAAGCAUAUAUUUAUAAUACCAAUACGGCCAUUUGGUCGCAAGAGGGAAUAAAAGGAAAUUCUACUAUAACGAUAGAUAAUAGAUAUGGACAUUCCGCAGUUCUAUAUAAAGGAAAGAUAGUUAUAUACGGUGGAGCAAAGGGUUUAAAUCAAAUAACUCCCAAUCCGAGUCUAAUUUUCCUGAAAGUGGAUGAAACUUAUAGUUGGGUAUCUCAUUUUAAUCCACCACCUCCACCAACUGAUACUGAUGCUAAUCAACCCAAGAAUCCUUCAAAGGGCGGCGGGGAUAAACAAAAUGUUUCUGAUGAAAGUAAUGGAUGUUUAACACCAUCAAAAACUUUUGUAAUGGGAAUAAUCAUUAACGUAAUUAUUAUCCUUUUGCUUAAUCACCUCAUCUUGUUCUAA